UCUUUCACAGAUCAAACUGUUGAGGGUCCACAGACAGGCUGAAGACCUCGUCUGGAGGGAGACUGCAGUGAACCCAAGAUCUUUCAAAUAAGCGCAUCGACAUAACAAGAUUUAGAAAAGAAUAAGCACGGUGCUGUGAGAGCAGCUAGCGGGGGCUGGACUGGGUCCCCGCGGCCAGGCUUCCAAGUCGAGCUGCCGUUUGGGUGGGACCAGAAGACGGGCUAGUCUGCGCCCCAGGAUCCCUCCCUGAGGACAAACAGAAGGCCGGGUCCUCCCUUCUCCCGCUUGUCCUUCGGCAUUCGCGGGACCUGCAAGCUAGACCAGCUGGCCGGACGCCUCGCUAGGACCCGCGGGUGCGGCUGGCCCCUGCCAUUUCCGCUUCCUGCCGUGGGGCGGGGUUUCCGGUUGUCGGAGGCGAGGCUUGUGGGCUGUCAAAGGGGCGGCCCGGCCCGGCCCGGAAGCUACAGCAGCGGCGCGGAGACUGCGGGGCGGGCCAUGGCGGCGAACCUGAGCCGGAACGGGCCAGCGCUGCAGGAGGCCUACGUGCGGGUGGUCACCGAGAAGUCCCCGACCGACUGGGCUCUCUUUACCUAUGAAGGCAACAGCAAUGACAUCUGCGUGGCUGGCACAGGGGAGGGUGGCCUGGAGGAGAUGGUGGAGGAGCUCAACAGCGGGAAGGUGAUGUACGCCUUCUGCAGAGUGAAGGACCCCAACUCUGGACUGCCCAAAUUUGUCCUCAUCAACUGGACAGGCGAGGGCGUGAACGAUGUGCGGAAGACAGGCGAGGGCGUGAACGAUGUGCGGAAGGGAGCCUGCGCCAGCCACGUCAGCACCAUGGCCAACUUCCUGAAGGGGACCCAUGUGACCAUCAACGCACGGGCUGAGGAGGAUGUGGAGCCUGAGUGCAUCAUGGAGAAGGUGGCCAAGGCUUCAGGUGCCAACUACAGCUUUCACAAGGAGAGUGGCCGCUUCCAGGACGCGGGACCCCAGGCCCCAGUGGUCAGCCCUGGGGCCCUGGCACAAGCUCAGGAGGGGAGAGAGGCCAUGCAAAGUGAUCACACUGGACCCUCUGCCCUGAGAGCCUGGGCACUGGGAACCAGAUGUACUGUGAUUUAGAAGAAUGCGGCCAGGUGCGGUGGCUCACAGCUGUAAUCCCAGCACUUUGGGAGGCUGAGGCAAGAGGAUCGCUUGAGCUCAGGAGUUCGAGACCAGCCUGGGCAAUAUGGUUAGACCCAUCUCUACUAAAAAUACAAAAAAUUAGCUGUGCAUAGUGGUGCACGCCUGUAGUCCCAGUUACUCAUGAGGCUGAGGGUUGAGGCAUGAGAAUUGCUUGAGCUCAGGGUGGUUGGGGGAGGUUGGGGGGGUGGAGGGUAGAGCUGACCUGGGAUAGUGCACCACUGCAUCCAGUCUGGGUGACAGAGUGAGACCCUGUCUCAAAAAAAAAAAAAAAAAAUGCAUCUUAUACCUUGAGGGUCAUGGAGUCUUUCACGCCUUCCUCUGUGUGUGUGUGUGUGUGUGUGUGUGUGUGUGUGUGUGUGUGUGUGUAUUCAGGUCAACUUCUGGAAUUUCUGUUUCAUUUCUUGGAUCAAUCUGUUCAGGUGUCAGUACUAGACUAUUUUAAUCCCUGUAUGUAUGUAUGCAUGUAUGUAUGUAUUUAUUUAUUUUGAGACGGAGUUUUGCUCUUGUUGCCCAGGCUAGAGUGCAAUGGUGCGGUCUCGGCUCACUGCAACCUCCACCUCCUGGGUUCAAGCGAUUCAUUCUCCUGCCUCAGCCUCCCAAGUAGCUAGGAUUACAGGUGCCCACCACCACGCCUGGCUAAUUUUUGUGUUUUUAGUAGAGAUGGGGUUUCACCAUUUUGGCCAGGCUGGUUGAGAACUCCUGACCUCAAGUCAUCCGCCCGCCUCUGCCUCCCAAAGUGCUGGGAUUACAGGUGUGAGCCACUGCGCCCAGCCAAUCGCUGUAUUUUUAUAAUCUGCUUUGUUCUGUAAAUGAUCCCUCUCGAGUGUAACUCACUAUUGGGCUGUGUCCUUCUUUGGUGAAUGUCUCUUUUUCCCAUUAAACUGUAACUCUCUGAGGGCGGGGACUGGAUCUGUUUAUCUGUUUAGUUCUCCCACUGAAUCCUCACUGUUAACCUAGGGGUCUGGCACAGUAAUUGUGUCCAGUAAUUUUUUUUUUUUUUUUUUUUUUUUUUGAAGCAGGGUCUUGCUGUGUCACUCAGGCUGGAGUGCAGUGGUGCGAUCAGAGCUCACUGCAGCCUCGAACUCCUAGGCUCAAGUCAUCCUCCUACCUCAGCUUCCUUAGUACCUGGGAUUACAGGCACAUGUCACCAUGCCCAUCUAAUUUUUAAAUUUUUUACUUUUUCUUUUUUUUUUUGAGAUGGAGUCUAGCUUUGCUGUCUAGGCUGGAGUGCAAUGGCAUGAUCCUAGCUCACUACAACCUCCGCCUCCUGGGUUCAAGCGAUUCUCCUGCCUCAGCCUCCCAAGUAGCUAGGAUUACAGGUGCCCACCACCAUGCCCGGCUAAUUUUUGUAUUUUUAGUAGAGAUGGGGUUUCACCAUGUUGGCCAGGCUGGUCUCAAACUCCUGACCUCAAAUGAUCCAUCCCCCUUGGCCUCCCAAAAUGCUGGGAUUACAGGCAUGAGCCACUGCGCCCAGCCAAUUUUUAAAUUUUUUCUGGAGAUGGGGUGCUCGCUAUGUUGCCCAGGCUGGUCUCAAACUCUAGGCCUCAAGUCCUCCUGCCCCGACCUCCCAAAGUGCUGAGAUUACAGGCAUGAGCCACUGUGCUCAGCCCCAACAAUUAUUUUUGACAGAUAAUAGGGACGUCUCCUUGCUCUCUGUGUCUGGCCAAGUAGCCCCAGGUGACACUCUUUUUUUUUGUU